AAUUUAGGAUGGAUAGUAUGCACAUUGGGACGCGGGCUCAGUUUAAAUUAACGAUUCAGUGACUCACUCAUAAAGAUUCAUUCUUAAACGAAUCAAUCAACGUUUCUGAACGAAUCGGUUGAAUGACUCACUCGUAAAGACAAUCACUUGUCGCCACCUACUGGUGUGUCGAUGUAAAACGCUGUAAACGCUGUAAAAAAAAUAAUAACAUCGGCGUCAGGAUGGGAAAGGCCUGGUCAGCCCUAUUGGUCAGGAGUAAAAGAUAAAGAAUAAAAUAUUAAAAGUAUGCUACUAUUGAAACACUGUAACUCAACCAGGCUUCACAGAAACUCAUCUAGUAAAAUAAAUAAAUAAAACAGAAACCAAGCACUGACAAUUCUACAUUUUACAACAGUGCUGAUAUGACUAGGUCCAGUCACAAGACAGUCACGAGCAGUUAGUCAUACCGGGAACCGCAGCUCUAUGCCAUGCAGUCUAAGCACUGAACUGGAUGAAGCAGAACUAACUAAACACCUUUUAUUGAAGUAGCAUUUGAUUCCCUCAGGGGGCGCUCAGUGGCUCAAAAAUGCAAAAUACACUCUUUAAAUACGUUCAGAUAUUUUAUUCUAGACAUUAGUCUAUUAAUAAUCACACUUUGUUUCAAAAACAGUUCAUAUAUUUACGGAAAUCGUGAUAUUUCAGUAGCGUUAGAUGCUAUGUUUGGGCAUCGAACAAGUCAAGCCGGAAGUAACGUAAGACGUCAUUACGCAAGGGGCGGAGCUAACGGCUGACCAACAUGCAGUCGCGAGCCAGUCAGAUGUUAAACCCGAUCAGAAUGAAUCUCUAAACUAUCAUAAACUACAAAUCAUGGGGUUCAUCUCUCAAAGACAGCGCUCUAUAUCGAAACGUUUACAUAUAUUUUACUAACCAGUGUUUGACUGGCGGCGUCUGUCCUCUCUCGCUUGUUUGUUUACAUCUAACGUUAGUUUCAUUUUUUAAAUUAAGUUUAUGGCCGCGAUGGAUUACCUGCUGCAGGUGAAAGUUGGCGCUCUGGUUGGGCUGCUGUUUCUAACUCUGAUUUUUGGUUUUAUCCCAGCGCGGAUGAAAUGGUUUCAAGUCUCUAGUGGAACAGCGAUCCACAGGGCCGUGCUGAGUUUUGUGAGCUGCUUCGCAGGUGGCGUCUUCCUGUCGGCCUGUUUGUUAGAUAUCAUCCCAGAUUACCUUUCCGACAUACAUGAAGAGCUACAAAAACAAGGCCUUGAUGAGGGCUUCCCGCUUGCAGAGUUCAUCAUGGCGUGUGGCUUCUUCACAGUCUUGAUCUUGGAAAAGAUAGUUAUGAGUUGCACAGAGGGCUACAGAAAUGAGGAGACGGCUCCUCUUUUAGCUCCCGCAGGUAAUGGACAUGCCCAUGGACAUCACUCGCUGAAUGAUCUGGAGGGGAGCGGUCACCACGUCCACGUGGAUUUACACGCGCACUCGUCCUUCCGCUCCUUCAUGCUCUUCCUGUCUCUCUCUCUCCACUCGGUGUUUGAGGGUUUGGCCAUUGGCUUGCAGACCACAGACACCAAGGUGUUGGAGAUCUGCAUCGCUAUCCUGGUCCACAAGAGCAUCAUCGUCUUCAGUCUGUCGGUGAAGCUGGUUCAGAGCGCGGUUAGGCCCCUGUGGGUGGUGCUCUACGUGGCCGUCUUCGCUGUGAUGUCUCCUCUCGGCAUCGGCAUCGGCAUCAUUGUGAUCGAGGCUCAUCUGGAGGCUGGCGCUUUCAUCCAGGCGGUGCUGGAGGGGCUGGCGGCCGGGACGUUUGUCUACAUCACCUUCCUAGAGAUCCUUCCCCAUGAACUCAACUCCCCUGAGCGGCCUCUGCUCAAAGUGUUCUUCCUCCUGUGUGGUUUCUCUGUAAUGGCUGGUCUGAGUUUCCUGGGCUGAAAAAUACUUUUCAUUUUUUCGUGCCCCGUGGCCAGAAGACUGGAGCCUGGAGGAAAUCGCACUGAGUGAGCCUUCACAAACUGCAUGUGAUUUCAAGAAAACGAAAGGCUCAGUUUGCUUGUUUUUUUUUUUAGAGGAACUGAUAUUUACAAGCACAAAGAUGCUGGUGUCUUUAAAAACUUUGGCCAGAUCAUUUAUCAGUUUUAAAUAAGGAAAAAAAAAAAAUAAUAAUCAGCAGGGAGAAACAGAGUAUCUGACUCUGUUGGAGACUUUCAGUUUUUUUGUUUUUUGUUUUUUUUACUUGAACUUGUUUUAGCUUUUUUAAAUUAGUCAUAUUUUAUCAGAGAAAUUGUUUCCAUGACACUUUUGUGUUUCCUCUUUGUCAUGCAUAACACUAUCCAUAAACCACCAGCUGUCUGACUGAUUUUAAAUUUUUAAAUCAGUUUUAUUAAUUAUUCAUCUUUAUACAUUAUGAACACUGACUGCAAUAUUUCUGUAUGUUACAUACAGUUAUUCAGUAUUGGUUUGCUCCUUUUAUGUGCUACAUUUCCUGUACAUUUACAUACAUUUAAUGGGCUGCCAAAUGUUUUGAUUGCACAAUUUGGAUUUACAGAUUUCACAGUAAAAUAAGACAAAAUGUGUAUAUCUAGUAUUGUGUUUUUCAAAGACCACAUGUGUAUAUGUUCCAUAAUCAUAUGAUGUAAACGUAUGAUUAUGCAACAUAUUAAAGCAAUAUAAAUAUAUUUUAAUUUCAAACUAAUGGAAACAGCAUGCAAUUUUAGUUGAUAAGCGUUUCUGUGCCUUAAUUUGAAAGAAAACUAGCAAAUAGCAUGCUACCGAUUCAGGUGCUGAAAAGCCUUUUACUAAACACUAGCACUAAAUCCUCUCAAAGUUAAUGUUUAAAUAUAUUAAGAGACAUUACUGGACUUCAUUUAGUUUGCUUUCUGUUUCAAUGCUCUGUCUGGGGUAGUAAAAAGCAACAUAUGAUUUUGAUAUGAAACAUUGUUCAAACUUCAUCUUGCAGUACCACAUUUAGCCUCUAGAUGUCAGGCUUCUGCACAGAAUGUUGUAAAGGAUUGACUGGUUCUGCAGUAUGUGAAUUUUCAGUAUAGAGUUCCUAGCUGAGUUGUUACUGCACACAAUCAGAGCACAGUGCAUUAGAAAAUGUAUCCCACAAUGCAGUGUGCUCAAACUUCCUUUUCCAGUGCAAUAUUACCAUCUCUCUAGGCUUAUUUAAUCAAGCUACCCUGACAUUUGUACACAAAACUGGAAUAGAAAUGCAACAUUUUUAUAUUCCAGAUGAUAACUGGACACCACUCACUGAAUUAUGUUAAUUGAGGCCAUCUCACUUCUGUUUACAGCAUAUAUGUUAUUAUUUGAAAUGUACAUGGUUGCAUAAUGCUUACUGGCUCACUAAAAUGAGAACUGACAGUAUUGUUCUGCAUUUUUGUUGAUUUUGUCAUGUUUUAUUUUGAUAUUUGGUCUAUUAUUAUUAUUAUUAUCUGGGUUUCAUACUCUUCUCGUGAGGGCUGCUGCUUUUCUUUCUGUAACUGAAAUGAGAUGAAAUUUCCAAAUACAUUAGACAAGGGUUAUUAUUGUUAACAAAAACUAACACCAUUAAAAAACAUUUUUGUCAACUGAUAUAAAAAUGUUAACUGAAAUAAAAGAAAAUAUGAACUUGUAAUAAAACUUGUUUUA